GUCCUCAAUAAGCGCCCUAUUUUACGGGCCGUCUCCCGUUCUCUAGCAGUCCGCUGAGAGGAGAGUAGCAGGUAGGGCGCUAACUGGUAGGUUGUUUGUGAUGGGGGAAAUUGGCAGCUCACAGAUCUCAACCUUGCAGGUUUUGCAGGCCGAGCAGAGUCCCUUCGGACGUCGUUGGGGAGGGUUUAGCUCCUCAGCCUUUCCAGGUGGCGCACAAACUGCUGUUUUGGCGUAUUCAGAGUAAUCACGUACGGGAAGCAGGAAGGCGCAGAAUACCACAAACAUCUUUGCACCAAUAGAAAGAUCCCACAGAAGAAAAUGUUCCACUUGACUGGCCAAUCACAUUGAACACUUUGUCUUCAAAGGCAUCACAUCUUUGGGUAAAAUCAGUCUGUCUGUUAACUUUCGGUCAUCAUCACUCAUGGACGGGCUGCACACUUUUCUAGUCGCUCUCUUAGGAGUUGCAUCCUGCAGUCAUGAUUGGAUCUCUGGAUCAGUGACAGUCAGACCAGGAGACAACAUCACGCUCUACUGUGAUUGUAAACUAUCAACUGGAGUAUCCAUAGUGUGGUACAGGAACUGCUCUCAUGAGAACCAGCCUCCUCUCGUCCUUAAAGUCAAAUCAUCAUACAAUCUGGACAGUGACACUAAAGAUUAUCUGAAAGUUCUUCAUCAUUUUCAAUUUGUGAGAAACUCUUCUUCUCAUUCUUAUGACCUGCUGAUCAUGAACAUCACUGAUUCUGAUGAGGGAAUCUACUACUGUGGAACUGAACAGAGUAAAGUGGAGGAUAAAGAAUGCAUUGGCCCCACAACUCUUUACAGAAACGGAAACGUCACAACAAGGAUCUCAAUCAGUCCAGACUGCAGUGAUUCUCCGCUCCAGACUCCAGAAUGUCUCUGUCCUCUGUGUUGGACUCUGCUGGUCUCUCUGUGUCCAGCUAUUGCUGUCCUCUCCUCCGUCUUCUCCUCUCUUCUAGUUUAUCAUCUGUGUCAGAAAAAAGCUCCACAACCUGAUCAGCAAACACCUCAAAGAAGACAGCAUGGGGAUGAAGAUGUGUGCUAUGCUGCACUGGAAAUCCAACAGACAUCACACAGACCAAAGAAGAAGAAAAUCCAGAGUUCUGACUUCAGCACCUAUUCUGCCAUCAAUACUUCGAGGAUGUAGAGUGUAAAAAAGAAAAAUAACAACCACGACUCUACAACAUCUAAUGAUGGGAUCACAGCACCUAUAACACCGACCAGCAAAGGCCUUCAACUUAAGCAGAACAUGUCUCCAUUGACAAAACAAGGACAAUAAAAUUGAGACGCCCGGCCGUCAGUCCUGUCAGAACAACACUGCAUCUAAACUGAAUUCAGGAGAAGAUAUUUACACCCAAUGAAUUUCAUCUUUGCUGGUUAGUUUGCUAUUUAGAUUUAAGUUCCAAAUUGAUCAGAUGGGCACAUUAACAUACAGACAGAAAACCUCUUAGUUGUUGUUGUUGAUCACAAUCCAGCUUCAAGUUCACAUUUUCAAUGGAUAUCAACAUUUCAUGACGGUGAUGAUUGUGUUUCCAUCAAGAGACACGAAAUCUGUUUUCAGAUCAUUUUCAGUUUUUAUAUCUAGUUUGCCAUCAGCCCCACACAUGCCUUUAACGGCAUGGUGAGAUACAAUGACUGAGUAGCUUAAUAACAGGAAACCCACAGUGACAAACAGCUCGUCAUUCGGCCGCAGAGCUCAACAGACUGAAGCUGUGGACCAGUGACUGCUGAAGUGUAAUCCGUGGAAAUAUAUAAAGUUUUUUAAAUUGU